CUCUACAGAGAUUGAUGAUAUGAUCCGUAAGUCGACCAACCUGCUGUUAACCAGAACACUCAGUAGCUGUCUGCAGUACGCCAUGAAGAAGAAGAACGUAGGACUGGCUGAGGUAAGAGGUGUGAGUCUUUCUAUACAUAAUAGGGCCAAUGGGAUCAGGUUUCCAAGAUGGCCGUAGCAGUGCGGUCGCUUUUAUUUUUCGUCCUGUGUAAAUAUCCCGCUUCUUGUUUUUGUCUAUAUUUCUCAAUUUUUUACUUUCAUUCUCAAUUUUUUACUUUCAUUCUUUAACUAAAUAUACUUUCCUGCAACCCGCCUCCAUAACUUGCUAAAUUUGCACACACUGUAUAUAUAUGUAUUUCUGUUUCUGUAUUUUUGAUUUUUGACUUUGUUUUGUUUUACGCCAUAUGUAACUCUGUGUUGUUGUUUUUUAUCGCACUGCUUUGCUUUAUCUUGGCCAGGUCGCAGUUGUAAAUGAGAACUUGUUCUCAACUGGUUUACCUGGUUAAAUAAAGGUGAAAUAAAAUAAAAAUAAAAAUCAACAAAAAUGAUUUUUAUACAGUGUACUUUGAGAAAUAUAUGCAAAUUGGCCACUCAGGAACAUUGAAUGUUGUCUUGGUAACCAGUGUAUAUGUUGUCUUGGUAACCAGUGUAUAUGUUGUCUUGGUAACCAGUGUUUGUUAUUGUGCUGCUGGAAGGUGAAUUUGUCUCUCUGUGUCAGUUGGAAAGCAGACCAAACCGGACUGAACCGUUUUGCCUGUGUUUAGCUGUAUUCCGUUUCAUUUUAUCAACAAAAAAAACUCCCUAGUCCUUACCGAUGACAAGCAUACCCAUAACAUGAUGCAGCCACCACCAUGCUUGAAAAUAUGAAGAGUGGUACUCAGUGAUGUGUUGUAUUUGCCCCAAACUUAACACUUUAAAUCCAGGACAUGAAGUUAAUUUAUUUGCAGUUUUUUCUCAGUUUUACUUAGAGCAAACUGUGCUGUGGGAUUAUUUAAAAUACACUUUGAAGAGUUAGGGUUUCAGAUGUUUUCAGAAGAUGGGCAGGGACUCUGCUGUCCUAGCUUCAGGGGGAAGCUGGUUCCACCAUUGGGGUGCCAGGACAGAGAAGAGCUUGGACUGGGCUGAGCGGGAGCUGCCCUCCCGUAGGGGUGGGAGGGCCAAGAGACCCGAGGUGGCAGAACGGAGGGCUCGGGUUGGGGUGUAGGGUUUGAGCCGAGCCUGAAGGUAGGGAGGGGAAGUUCCUCUUGCUGCUCCGUAGGUAAGCACCAUGGUCUUGUAGUUGAUGCGCGCUUCGACUGGAAGCCAGUGGAGUGUGCGGAGGAGCGGGGGUGACAUGGGAGAACUUGGGACGGUUGAACACCAGGCGGGCUGCAGCGUUCUGGAUAAAUUGAUGGUGUUUAUCACUCUUUCGCUCUCUGUCUUUCUCAGACUCUUAAUUUCCAGUGUGGUUUGUUCUGUGAGCGACAGCAAGGCGACAGUAAGACAGUUAAUGAGAUCUGUUAAAGGAGGGGUUGCUAUGGGGUUGCUAUGAGGUAAAACACAUUGUGACCCUCCCUCAGGUCUAUAUAGAAUGUAGCUAUAUGUACCAUUGAUAAGACCAUCAUAGUAUUAAGUAUUAAGCAUGAAACACACUGAGAAAACCUCACUGCUGAUAGGUACUUAUCACUGUGGGAGGGCUUUUCCUUCUCAUGCUAGAAGGAAAGUGGUGACCCGGUAUGCGACGAACCUACCGUUUCCACUCGUCGAAUCGCAGCGCUCGUCAGUGGCCAACAACUUGAUUUUGAGCAAAUCAGAGAGCACGAACCCCCCCCACCCCCCCCCCCCCCCCCCCCCCCCCCCCCCACGUGGGGGAGGCACCAACAAAAGGAAGAAAAAGAGGGCGUUUUCUCUGCACGUCCACGGAUGAGCCAGUCACACUUCAUAUGCAAUGUAGGCUAUGGGAUGGUAGCUAGCUAAGGGCACAGACGCAAUGCUACACAACACUAAAUUCUUCCUCCGUGCUAGCUAACCACUGUAGCUAGUAUUGACAUUAUAAUGAAAUUACAAUGGAUUAGCUAGUUUCCAUGAAACCGCUGCCUGUGUUAGCUGCCGGGUUAGUGCAGUGUCCUUAGCACAACUGCUAGCUAGCUAGCUAUCUAGCAAAUAUGCUUACGCUAGCUAGCUAGCUAAACAUUUGGCUAUGGGCUGGCACUGGCAGUAUGGGAUAUCGAGAGUGAAUUAAGAAUGUUCUUCGUCAUCUUGCUAGGUAGUUAUCUAGCUGUGGCCAUCUGGCUAGUAUCAACAAGGGCUUUCUAGAAAAUGGCAACAUUAACGCAGCUAGCUUCGAAUCUAGACCUUAAGCAAACAAUGCUACUGCCACCUUCUGGUUUGGAGUAUUUUAACAAGGCUGAGUGGCUGACGACUUUCAAAGUCUUUGCUGUGUGACACUGUUCAGAGGUGCUAAGUAUUGUUGGCAAGGACAUGUUUGAUAAUCUGUCUGAGUUUUUAAAGAGGAUUAUGGGGAAUGUUUGGAUAUGUUGCUUAUGAGGUCUCUCAGAGGUGUGCCUCUGCCUGAUCACGUGUGUGUGUGUGUGUUUGUGUGUUAGCUGGUUCAGGUGAUCAUCAACACGACCCAGCUGGAAGCAUCAUGUGUUUACCUGGAGGAGUUCAUCUCCAACAUCACUAAUGUUCCCCCCGAGACCGCCAACGCUACCAAGCUCUACGGGACGUCCACGUUUAAGGUACGCACAUGCUCAUGCGCAACCAGACUCUCUCUCUUUCUCCAUCCGUCUCUGUCUUUCUCCGUCCGUCUCUCCCCCUUUCUCCGUCCGUCUCUCCCUCUUUCCCCGACCAUCUCACCCUCUUUCCCUGUCCGUCUCUCCCUCUUUCCCCGUCCGUCUCUCCCUCUUUCCCCGUCCGUCUCUCCCCCUUUCCCCGUCCGUCUCUCCCUCUUUCCCCGUCCGUCUCUCCCUCUUUCCCCGUCCGUCUCUCCCUCUUUCCCCGUCCGUCUUUCCCCGUCCCUCUUUCCCCGUCCGUCUCUCCCUCUUUCCCCGUCCUCUCCCCUCUUUCCCUGUCCGUCUCUCCCUCUUUCCCCGUCCGUCUCUCCCUCUUUCCCCGUCCGUCUCUCCCUCUUUCCCCGUCCGUCUUUCCCCGUCCCUCUUUCCCCGUCCGUCUCUCCCUCUUUCCCCGUCCGUCUCUCCCUCUUUCCCCGUCCGUCUCUCCCUCUUUCCCCGUCCGUCUUUCUCCGUCCGUCUCUCCCUCUCCAUCCCCCACUUGUCCUUUGUUACAGGCACUGAUGUUGCUGAUAGCCGCUUUCUAGAGGAACGUUUUCCUUGCUAUGAGUGAUAUGUGGUUGACCUACUUACCUUAAUUGAAUGAACUGACUGUAAGUAGAACCCAACCAAUAAAUCGGUUGACCGAUAUUAUCGUCCGAUAUAAGCAUUUCACAGAAAUAUUUGUAUCGGUCUUUAUUCCACAGAUAAAGCACCAAUAUUAUAUACAUAGAAUAAACAAAUACGUCUGCUCAUUUGUGUCAAAUUUUUUUAAAAACAUUUUCAAUGGUUCCCUGAAGAGGACGCUCUACGAGCCGCUCAUUGAACAUCAUUCAGCCCUAGGUCACAAUGUGAGAGAGAGAGAGUACAUUUUACAUUUUACAUUUUAGUCAUUUAGCAGACGCUCUUAUCCAGAGCGACUUACAGUUAGUGAAUACAUUUUUUAUUUAUAUACUGGCCCCCCAUGGGAAUCGAACCCACAACCCUGGCGUUGCAAACGCCAUGCUCUACCAACUGAGCUACAUCCCUGCCGGCCAUUCCCUCCCCUACCCUGGACAACGCUAGGCCAAUUGUGCGCCGCCCAUGAGUCUCCCGGUCGCGGCCGGCUGCGACAGAGCCUGGAUUCGAACCAGGAUCUCUAGUGGCACAGUUAGCACUGCGAUGCAGUGCCUUAGACCACUGCGCCACUCAGGAGCUCAAGAGUAGGCAUAGCGAUUUGACAGUGAGCAGCUUGCCACAGCCAGCAUAUUUUUUUGAAUAAUUAAAUAAUCAAAAGUACACUUCACCAAGCAAGCAGCCCCUGUCCUCAUCACGUUCUCACCUAAUUAACAUUAGCUGGCUAGCUAGCCAGAAAGGUAGUUUGCUUAGCUAGUUACCUAGCAAUGUGUGCUACCAAUGUGCUAAUACUGGACUGGCGCCAAAGUGAACACAGAGAACACUGUGGGCUUCAUUAUGUUAGUUAUUUAGUUCGUUUCUGAAAUACGCAAUCUGCAGUUCCACAGGGAUGCCGGCCCCAUGUUGACACCAACGCUUCCCACAGUCGUGUCAAGUUGGCUUUAUGUCCAUUGGGUGGUGGGCCAUUCUUGAUGCACACGGGGAAAACUGUUGAGUGUGAAAAACCCAGCAGCGUUGCAGUUCUUGACACAGAAACCGGUGCGCCUGGCACCUACUACCAUUCCCCGUUCAAAGGCACUUAAAUAUUUUGUCUUGCCCAUUCACCCUCUGAAUGGCACACAUAACACAAUCCAUGUCUCAAUUGUCUCAAGGCUUAAAAAUCCUUCUAUAACCUGUCUCUUCCCCCUUCAUCUACACUGAUUCACGUGGAUUUAACAGGUGACAUCAAUAAGGGAUCAUAGCUUUCACCUGGAUCCACCUCAUUCAGUGUGUCAUGGAAAGAGCAGGUGUUCUUAAUGUUUUGUAUACUCAGUGUAUGUCGGUAAUUAGUGACUUUUGCCUCCAUAAAAUUGGUAUCGGACCCAACAAUCCCAUAUCGAUCAGGCGCUAACUGAAAGUUGCUCUGUUAUCUGCUAAAAUACCUAAAUGUAAACAUCUGGCUCUCCAGGAUGCGAGACACGCAGCAGAAGAGGAGAUCUACACCAAUCUGAACGCUAAGAUCGACCAGUUCAUUCAGCUGGCGGACUAUGAUUGGACAGCAGCCCAGGGGGGCGGGGCUCCGAGCGACUACCUGAGUGACCUCAUCGCCUUCCUCUGUUCCACCUUCUCUGUCUUCACACACCUGCCGGUUAGUAUCUCUCUCACACACACACACACACACACACCUUCUCUGUCUUCAGAGAGGAACCAGGCUCUGAGGGGUGGUCAGUCCUCUACUUACUGUACUGGGUAGACCAGAGGAACCAGGCUCUGAGUGGUGGUCAGUCCUCUACUGACUGUACUGGGUAGAGAGGAACCAGGCUCUGAGGGGUGGCCAGUCCUCUACUGACUGUACUGGGUAGACCAGAGGAACCAGGCUCUGAGGGGUUAAGUGUGCCUUGAAUUCUAAAUAAAUCACAGACAGUGUCACCAGCAAAGCACCAUCACACCACCACCACCUCCAUGCUUCACGGUGGGAACCACACAUGCGGAGAUCAUCCAUUCACCUACUCUGCGUCUCACAAAGACACAGCGGUUGGAACCAAAAAUCUCAAAUUUGGACUCAUCAGACCAAAGGACACAUUUCCACCGGUCUAAUGUCCAUUGCUCAUGUUUCUUGGCCCAAGCAAGUCUCUUCUUAUUAUUGGUGUCCUUUAGUAGUGGUUUCUUUGCAGCAAUUCGACCAUGAAGGCCUGAUUCACACAGUCCCCUAUGAACAGUUGAUGUUGAGAUCUAUCUGUUACUUGAACUCUGUGAAGCAUUUUUUGGGCUGCAAUCUGAGGUGUAGUUAUUCUAAUUAACUUAUCCUCUGCAGCAGAGGUAACUCUGGGUCUUCCUUUCCUGUGGCGGUCCUCAUGUGAGCCAGUUUCAUCAUAGCGCUUGAUGGUUUUCAGCAUGAAAAUGCCCCAAUGCACAAAGCAAGGUCCAUACAGAAAUGGUUUGUCGAGAUCGGUGUGGAAGAACUUGACUGGCCUGCACAGAGCCCUGACCUCAACCCCAUCUAAUGAAUUGGAUGAAUUGGAACGCCGACUGUGAGCCAGGCCUAAUCGCCCAUCAUCAGUGCCCGACCUCCCUAAUGCUCUUGUGGUCCCCGCAGCAAUGUUCCAACAUCUAGUGGAAAGCCUUCCCAGAAGAGUGGAGGCUGUUAUAGCAGCGAAGGGGGGACCGACUCGAUAUUAAUGCCCAUGAUUUUGGAAUGAGAUGUUUGACGAGCAGGUGUUCACAUACUUUUGGUCAGGAAAAAUGACGCCGAUGCAGUAUUUUUGUUUUUUUAGGUGUUAUUUCUUGCAGUAUUAGGCCAGAUUUUUUUAGUUUGUUAUUACAUCAUUCCAUUACAGCCGGGAAUAACUUUUGGAUAUCAGAGCAGCGGUAACUCGCCAGCAUUACGACCAAGAAUACGAACUUUCCCGAAUCUGAUCCUUUUUUCGUACCCCCUAGAGGUUGAUCAAAAACACCGCCGGCGGAGAAGAGGUAUUCGGAGCGGUCUUCUAGUCCGACUCGGGAGGCGCGCUCACCACCCACCGCUUCCGAGUUCAGUCUCUGGAUAAUAAAGUUGACGAGCUCAGUGCGAGGAUUUCCUUCCAGAUAGACAUCAGGGAUUGUAACAUACUCUGUUUCACGGAAACAUGGCUCUCUCGGGAUAUACUGUCUGAGUCCGUACAGCCUGUUGGGUUCUCAGUUUAUUGCGCAGACAGAAAUAAAGAUCUCUCCGAGAAGAAGAAGGGCGCGGGGGUGUAUGUUUCAUGAUUAACUACUCAUGGUGUGAUUGUGAUAACAUACAGGAACUCAAGUCCUUUUGUUCACCAGACCUAGAAUACCUCCCAAUCAAAUGCUGACUGUAUUACCUCCCAAGAUAAUUCUCUUCGGUUAUAGUCACAGCCGUGUAUAUUCAUAACAGAAAGUACCCGUGCUAAGGACUAUUCAACGCUGGUCUGACCAAUCGAAAUCCACGCUUCAAGAUUGUUUUGAUCACGCAGACUGGGAUAUGUUCCGGGUAGCCUCUGAGAAUAACAGUGACGAGUACACUGAGACGGUGACUGAGUUUAUCAGGAAGUGUAUAGGAGAUGUUGUACCCACUGUGACUAUUAAAACCUACCCUAACCAGAAACCGUGGAUAUAUGGCAGCAUUCGCGCAAAAUUGAAAGCACGAACCACCGCAUUUAACCAUGGCAAGGUGACUGGGAAUAUGGCAGAAUACAAACAGUGCAAAAACAUCAGUAUAGAGACAAAGUGGAGUUGCAAUUCAAUGGCUCAGACACGAGACGUAUGUGGCAGGGUCUACAGACAAUCACGGACUACAAAGGGAAAACCAGCCACAUCGCCGACACCGACAUCUUGCUUCCGGACAAGCUAAACACCUUCUUCACCCGCUUUGAGGAGAACACAGUGCCACCGACGCGGCCCACUACCAAGGACUGUUGGCUCUCCUUCUCCGUGGCUGACAUGAGUAAGACAUUUAAACGUGUUAACCCCCGCAAGGCAUGCACAGACCAGCUGGCUGGAGUGUUUAUGGACAUAUUCAAUCUCUCUCUAUCCCAGUCUGCUGUCCCCACAUCCUUCACGAUGGCCACCAUUGUUCCUGUACCCAAGAAAGCAAAGGUAACUGAACUAAAUGACUAUCGCCCCGUAGCACUCACUUCUGUCAUCAUGAAGUGCUUUGAGAGACUAGUCAAGGAUCAUAUCACCUCUACCUUACCUGUCACCCUAGACCCACUUCAAUUUGCUUACCGCCCCAAUAGAUCCAAAGACGAUGCAAUCGCCAUCACACUGCACACUGCCCUAUCCCAUCUGGACAAGAGGAAUACCUAUGUAAGAAUGCUGUUCAUUGACUAUAGCUCAGCCUUCAACACCAUAGUACCCUCCAAGCUCAUCAUUAAGCUGAAGGCCCUGGGUCUGAACCCUGCCCUGUGCAACUGGGUCCUGGACUUCCUGACAGGCUGCCCCAAGGUGGUGAAGGUAGGAAACAACAUCUCCACUUCGCUGAUCUUCAACACUGGGGCCCCACAAGGGUGCGUGCUCAGCCCCCUCCUGUACUCCCUGUUCACCCAUGACUGCGUGGCCAAUCAUGCCUCCAACUCAAUCAUCAAGUUUGCAGACGACACAGCAAUGGUAGGCCUGAUUACCAACAAUGACGAGACAGCCUACAGGGAGGAGGUGAGGGCUCUGGGAGUGUGGUGCCAGGAAAAUAAUCUCUCAUUCAACGUCAACAAAACAAAGGAGAUGAUCCUGGACUUCAGGAAACAGCAGAGGGUGCACCCCCCCUAUCCACAUCGACGGGACCGCAGUGGAGAAGGUGGAAAGCUUCAAGUUCCUUGGCAUACACAUCACUGACAAACUGAAAUGGUCCACCCACGCAGACAGUGUGGUGAAGAAGGCGCAAUAGUGACAGCACCUCUUCAACCUCAGGAUGCUGAAGACAUAUCCCUUGGCACCUAAAACCCUCACAAACUUUUACAGAUGCACAAUUGAGAGCAUCCUGUCGGGCUGUAUCACCGCCUGGGAUGGCAACUGCACCACCUGCAACCGCAGGGCUCUCCAGAGGGUGGUGCGGUCUGCCCAACACAUCACCGGGGGGAAACUUCCUGCCCUCCAGGACACCUACAGCACCCGAUGUCACAGGAAGGCCAAAAAGUAAUCAAGGACAUCAACCACAAGAGUCACGGCCUGUUCACCCCGCUAUCAUCCAGAAGGCGAGGUCAGUACAGGUGCAUCAAAGCUGGGACUGAGAGACUGAAAAACAGCUUCUAUCUCAAGGCCAUCAGACUGUUAAAUAGCCAUCACUAGCACAUUAGAGGCUGCUGCCCUAUAUACAUAGACUUGAAAUCGCUGGCCACUUUAAUAAUGCAACACUAGUCACUUUAAUAAUGUUUCCAUAUCUUGCACUACUCAUCUCAUAUGUAUAUACUGCAUUCUAUUCUAUAAUAUUCUACUGUAUCUUAGUCCAUGCCGCUCUGUCAUUGCUCGUUCAAAUAUUUAUAUAUUUCUUAAUUCCAUUCCUUUACUUUAGAUGAGUGUGUAUUGUUGUGAAAUUGUUAGAUAUUACUUGUUAAUUAUUACUGCACUGUUGGAGCUAGAAACACAAGCAUUUCGCUACACCCGCAAUAACAUCUGCUAAACAUGUGUAUGUACAAAUAACAUUUGAUUUGAUGUAGUGUAAUUGUAUUUGUGGGGUUCAGAGAUGAGGUAGUCAUUGAGAAAUCAUGUUAACACUAUUAUUGCACACAGUGAGCCCAUGCAACUUAUUAUGUGACUUGUUAUGCAAUUUAUGUAGGCUUUCCAUACCAAAGGGUUUGAAUACUUAUUGACUCAAGACAUUUCAGCUUUUCAUUUUUAAUUAGGACAUUUUUCUAAAAACAUAAUUCCAAUUUGACAUGAUGGGGUAUCGUGUGUUGGCCAGUGACACAAAAUCUCAAUUUAAAUUCAGGUUGUAACGCAACAAAAAGUGGAAAAGGUCAAGGGGUGUCAAUACUUUCUGAAGGCACUGUACACAUACACACAUCACAGAGAAGGACACACACACACCUGUCUCGUUCCCCCAUUUCACCUAAUCUCACCUCUGAGUGGUGUGGGGUGGAGAGGAGAGUUGAGAGAGGUACCACGCUGAGGGGUCCCGUUCAACAGGAAAGAUCUGUAAAAACCCGGUACAACGCUGGCAUUAUGUGUCUCACGCUGGGAAUUAGGUCUUUGAUGCUUUAGGUUGGCCCUUCUGGUGCCUAUGUCUUGACCCCUGGCCCCCCCGUGACACACACACACACCCUUUUAAGAGGAGAAAUCUGGUACAGCGCCGGCAUUGUGUCCCACACUGGUAUUAUGACAAGGUCUUUGGUACACACACCCCGCGCUGGUGCCCAGGUCCUGACCUAUGGCCCUCGUGACACACCGCUCGUAAACACACUGAUCCUAAACUGACCCGUCGACAACUGUUACGGAGAUAGAGAGAGAGGUCACCAUGACCACUGUUACGGAGAUAGAGAGAGAGAGGUCACCAUGACCACUGUUACUGAGAGAGAGAGAGGUCUCCAUGACAACUGUUACGGAGAGAGAGAGAGAGCGAGGUCACCAUGACAACUGUUACGGGGAGAGAGAGGUCCCCAUGACAACUGUUACGGGGAGAGAGAGGUCCCCAUGACAUAGCAGCUUUGCGUGUGAACUAGAGGUCUUCACAGGUCUAAAAAGUUGGACCUGUUUCGAAAUGGAUCUGUGGCUUUCCCACUGACCCGAUAUGCAUAUAUAGUACCAGUCAAAAGUUUAGACACCUACUCAUUCCAGGGUUUGUCUUUAUUUUUACUAUUUUCUACAUUGUAGAAUAAUAGUGAAGACAUCAAAACUAUGAAAUAACACAUAUGGAAUUAAACAAAUCAAAAAUAUAUAUUAUAUUUGAGAUUCUUCAAAUAGCCACCCUUUGCCUUGAUGACAGCUUUGCACACUCUUGGCAUUCUCUCAACCAGCUUCACCUGGAAUGAUUUUCCACAUAUGCUGACCACUUGUUGGCCGCUUUUCCUUCACUCUACGGUCCGACUCAUCCCAAACCGUCCCAAUUGUGUUGAGGUCGGGUGAUUGUGGAGGCCAGGUCAUCUGAUGCAGCGCUGUAAUUGUAUGUGUGGGGGGACAAAGAUGGGUAGUCAUUCAAAAAUCAUGUUAAACAAUAGUAUUGCACACAGAGUGAGCCCAUGCAACAUAUUAUGUGAUCUUUUUUGUUACUCCUGAACUUAUUUAGGCUUGACAUAACGAAGGGAUUGAAUACUUAUUGACUCAAGACAUUUCACCUUUUCAUUUUUAAUGAGGACAUUUUUCUAAAAACAUAAUUCCAAUUUGACAUGAUGGGGUAUCGUGUGUUGGCCAGUGACACAAAAUCUCAAUUUAAAUUCAGGUUGUAACGCAACAAAAAGUGGAAAAAGUCCAAGUCAAGGGGUGUGAAUACUUUCUGACACUACACAUACACACAUCACAGAGAAGGACACACACCCCCCCCCCCCCCCCCCCCCCCAAAAACACACACAUCGAAACACACACACCGAAUCACCCCCCCCCCCCCCCCCCCCCCCCCUGUACAUACAGGCUCUAGCCACUGUUUUCCACGUAAAGCAGCUUUGGCUCGUUAGAGUUCGCUCGUUAGAGCUCGUUAGCUAACAAUCCCAGCUUGAACCCAGCCAUAGACUCUAUAGCCCCCCGUAACACACACACACCGAAGUCACACACACACACACACACCGAAGACACACACACACACAGGCACGCAGUCGAGGGCGCACACACACACACACACACACACACAGAGACACAGACACACACUGAAGACACACACACACACAGUCACACGCGCACAUACACACCUUGAGACACAAACACAGGCACGCAGUCCCUCGCGCUCACACACUUUAGUCUGCAUCCAUAACAACCCUCCAUAGCCAAAGGCGAUCACAUUGAACACACAUGGUGCUGGUUCUAAGUGGUGUGGCAGCCCCGUAAGAGGCUUUUCCCUGGCCCUCCAUGCCCCUAAGACCCCCAGGGCCUCUAAUGAGCCCUCUGAGCCAGCGCUCUAACCAGCUCAGUUGUCUCAGGUGCUAAGCGAAAUGGAGCUAAGCGAGACACUCCGGAACAUAAAGAACACUCUAGAACAUUCCAGAAUGGUCCGUAAUAUGUUGUGAUGUGACCAUUUUGGAAGUGUUAAGGGAUAAAAGCUUUAGGGGUUAAUUUCACUGGAAUAAAGCUGUCACCAUCACCCCUCUUCUCCCUUCAACUCUCCUCUCUCCUAACUCUUGUUAAAAUCAAAUCAAAUGUUAUUGGUCGCGUACACAGAUUUGCAGACAUCACAGGUGCAGCGAAAUGCUUGUGCUUCUAGCUCCAACAGUGCAGUCGUGGUCAAACGUUUUGAGAAUGACACAAGUAUUGGUCUUCACAAAGUUUGCUGCUUCAGUGUUAUGAGAUAUAUUUUGUCAGAUGUUACUAUGGUAUACUGAAGUAUAAUUACAAGCAUUCCAUAAGUGUCAAAGGCUUUUAUUGACAAUUAUAUUAAGUUUAUGCAAAGAGUCAAUAUUUGCAGUGUUGACCCUUCUUUUUCAAGCCCUCUGCAAUCCGCCCUGGCAUGCUGUCAAUUAACUUCUGGGCCACAUCCUGACAGAUGGCAGCUCAUUCUUGCAUAAUCAAUGCUUGGAGUUUGUCAAAAUUUGUGGGUUUUUGUUUGUCCACCCGCCUCUUGAGAUCGACCACAAGUUCUCAAUGGGAUUAAGGUCUGGGGAGUUUCCUAAUGGAGGUGCUCCAUCAUGCUGGAAAGGCAUUGGUCGUCACCAAACUGUUCUUGGAUGGUUGGGAGAAGUUGCUGUCGGAGGAUGUGUUGGUACCAUUCUUUAUUCACAGCUGUGUUCUUAGGCAAAAUUGUGAGUGAGCCCACUCCCUUGGCUGAGAAGCAACCCCACACAUGAAUGGUCUCAGGAUGCUUUACUGUUGGCAUGACACAGGACUGAUGGAAGCGCUCACCGUGUCUUCUCCGGACAAGGUUUUUUCCGGAUGCCCCAAACAAUCGGAAAGGGGAUUCAUCAGAGAAAAUGACUUUACCCCAGUCCUCAGCAGUCCAAUCCCUGUACCUUUUGCAGAAUAUCAGUCUGUCCCUGAUGUUUUUUCUGGAGAGAAGUGGCUUCCUCGCUGCCCUUCUUGACACCAGGCCAUCCUCCAAAAGUCUUCGCCUCACUGUGCGUGCAGAUGCACUCACACCUGCCUGCUGCCAUUCCUGAGCAAGCUCUGCACUGGUGGUGCCCCGAUCCCGCAGCUGAAUCAACUUUAGGAGACGGUCCUAGCGCUUGCUGGACUUUCUUGGGUGCCCUGAAGCCUUCACAACAAUUGAACCUCUCUCCUUGAAGUUCUUGAUGAUCCGAUAAAUGGUUGAUUUAGGUGCAAUCUUACUAGCAGCAAUAUCCUUGCCUGUGAAGCCCCUUUUGUGCAAAGCAAUGAUGACGGCACGUGUUUCCUUGCAGGUAACCAUGGUUAACAGAGGAAGAACAAUGAUUUCAAGCACCACCCUCCUUUUAAAGCUUCCAGUCUGUUAUUCUAACUCAAUCAGCAUGACAGAGUGAUCUCCAGCCUUGUCCUCGUCAACACUCUCACCUGUGUUAACAAGAGAAUCACUGACAUGAUGUCAGAUGGUCCUUUUGUGGCAGGGCUGAAAUGCAGUGGAAAUGUUUUUUGGGGAUUAAGUUCAUUUUCAUGGCAAAGAGGGACUUUGCAAUUAAUUGCAAUUCAUCUGAUCACUCUUCAUAACAUUCUGGUAUGCAAAUUGCAAUCAUAAAAACUGAGGCAGCAGACUUUCUGAAAAUUUAUAUUUGUGUAAUUCUCAACUUUUGACCACGAUUGUACAGUAAUACCUAGCUAAAUGCUUGUUUCUAGCUCCAACAGUUCAGUAAUACCUAGCUAAAUGCUUGUGUUUCUAGCUCAAACAGUUCAGUAAUACCCCGUCUCGUUCCCCCAUUUCACCUAAUCUCACCUCUGAGUGGUGUGAGGUGGAGAGGAGAGUUGAGAGGGGUACCACGCUGAGGGGUCCCGUUCAACAGGAAAGAUCUGUAAAAACCCGGUACAACGCUGGCAUUAUGUGUCUCACGCUGGGAAUUAGGUCUUUGAUGCUUUAGGUUGGCCCUUCUGGUGCCUAUGUCUUGACCCCUGCCCCCCCCCGUGACACACACACACACCCUUUUAAGAGGAGAAAUCUGGUACAGCGCACGCAUUGUGUCCCGCACUGGUAUUAUGACAAGGUCUUUGGUACACACACCCCGCGCUGGUGCCCAGGUCCUGACCUAUGGCCCUCGUGACACACCGCUCAUAAACACACUGAUCCUAAACUGACCCGUUGACAACUGUUACGGAGAGAGAGAGAGAGAGGUCACCAUGACCACUGUUACCGAGAGAGAGAGAGAGAGAGAGAGAGAGAGAGGUCACCAUGACCACUGUUACAGAGAGAGAGAGAGGUCGCCAUGACAACUGUUACGGAGAGAGAGAGGUCCCCAUGACAACUGUUACGGAGAGAGCGGUCACCAUGACAACUGUUACGGAGAGAGAGAGAGGUCCCCAUGACAACUGUUACAGAGAGAGAGAGGUCCCCAUGACAACUGUUACGGAGAGAGCGGUCGCCAUGACAACUGUUACGGAGAGAGAGAGAGGUCCCCAUGACAACUGUUACAGAGAGAGAGAGGUCCCCAUGACAACUGUUACGGAGAGAGCAGUCCCCAUGACAUAGCAGCUUUGCGUGUGAACUAGAGGUCUUCACAGGUCCAAAAAGUUGGACACGUUCCGAAAUGGAUCUGUGGCUUUCCCACCUGACCCGAUAUGCAUAUACAGUACCGGUCAAAAGUUUAGACACACCUACUCAUUCCAGGGUUUGUCUUUAUUUUUACUAUUUUCUACAUUGUAGAAUUAUAGUGAAGACAUCAAAACUAUAAAAUAACACAUAUGGAAUUAAACAAAUCGUGGACGUAGGUCGGGGUGCCUUGCAAGGAUACGACAGCGAGCGAGUCAAUCAUUUGAAAAUAAAUUAGAUUACCUAAUUACGGUUAUCCUACAAACGGGACAUUAAAAACUGUAAUAUCUUAUUUUUCACCGAGUCGUGGCUGAACGACGACAUGGACAACAUACAGCUGAAGGGAUAUACGCUACAUCGGCAGGAUAGAACGGCUGACUCCGAUAAGACAAGGGGUGGCGGUCUGUGUAUAUUUGUAAACAACAGCUGGUGCACAAAAUCAAAUACUAAGGAAGUCUCAAGGUUUUGCUCGCCUGAGGUAGAGUACCUUAUGAUAAGCUGUAGACCACACUAUUUACCAAGAGAGUUUUCAUAUAUAUUUUUCAUAGCUGUCUAUUUACCACCACAAAAGAUUGCACUCAAUAAGCUGUAUAAGGCCAUAACUAAACAGGAAAACGCUCAUCCAGAUGCAGCGCUCCUAGUGGCCGGGGACUUUAAUGCAGGGAAACUUAAAUCCGUUCUACCUAAUUUCUACCAGCAUGUUAAAUGUGCAACCAGAGGGAAAAAAACAAACUCUAGACCACCUUUACUCCACACACAGAGACGCAUACAAAGCUCUCCCUCACCCUCCAUUUGGCUAAUCUGACCAGAACUAUAUCCUCCUGAUUCCUGCUUAUAAGCAAAAACUAAAGCAGGAAGCACCAGUGACUUGGUUAAUAGAAAAGUGGUCAGAUGACGCAGAUGCUAAGCUACAGGACUGUUUUGCUAGCACAGACUGGAACAUGUUCCUUGAUUCUUCAGAUAGCAUGUGUAAUACCAACAUGUUUCAAGCAGACCAUCAUAGUCCCUGUGCCCAAGGACACUAAGAUAACCUGCCUGAAUGACUACCGACCCGUAGCACUGACGUCUGUAGCCAUGAAGUGCUUUGAAAGGCUGGUCAUGGCUCACAUCAACACCAUUAUCCCAGAAACCCUAGACCCACUCCAGUUUGCAUACCGCCCCAACAGAUCCACAGAUGAUGCAAUCUCUAUUGCACUCCACACUGUCCUUUCCCACCUGGACAAGAGGAACACCUACGUGAGAAUGCUAUUCAUUGACUACAGCUCAGCGUUCAACACCAUAGUGCACUCAAAGCUCAUCACUAAGCUAAGGAUCCUGGGACUAAACACCUCCCUCUGCAACUGGAUCCUGGACUUCCUGACGGGCCGCCCCCAGGUGGUAAGGUUAGGUAACAACACAUCUGCCACGCUGAUCCUCAACACGGGGGCCCCUCAGGGGUGCGUGCUCAGUCCCCUCCUGUACUCCCUGUUCACCCAUGACUGCAUGGCCAGGCACGACUCCAACACCAUCAUUAAGUUUGCCCACGACACAACAGUGAUAGGACUGAUCACCGACAACGAUGAGACAGCCUAUAGGGAGGAGGUCAGAGACCUGGCCGUGUGGUGCCAGGAUAACAACCUCUCCGUCAACGUGACCAAGACAAAGGAGAUGAUUGUGGACUACAGGAAAAAAAGAGGACUGAGCACGCCCCCAUUCUCAUCGACUGGGCUGUAGUGGAACAGGUUGAGAGCUUCAAGUUCCUUGGUGUCCACAUCACCAACGAACUAUCAUGGUCCAAACACACCAAGACAGUCGUGAAGAGGGCACGACAAAGCCUAUUCCCCCUCAGGAGACUGAAAAGAUUUUGCAUGGGUCCUCAGAUCCUCAAAAAGUUCUACAGCUGCACCAUCGAGAGCAUCCUGACUGGUUGCAUCACCGCCUGGUAUGGCAACUGCUCGGCCUCCGACCGCAAGGCACUACAGAGGGUAGUGCGUACGGCCCAGUACAUCACUGGGGCCAAGCUUCCUGCCAUCCAGGACCUCUAUACCAGGCGGUGUCAGAGGAAGGCCCUCAAAAUUGUCAAAGAAGGCCCUCAAAAUUGUCAAAGACUCCAGCCACCCUAGUCAUAAACUGUUCUCUCUGCUACCGCACGGCAAGCGGUACCGGAGCGCCAAGUCUAGGUCCAAAAGGCUUCUCAACAGCUUGUACCCCCAAGCCAUAAGACUCCUGAACAGCUAAUCAUGGCAACCCGGACUACUUGCACUGCCCCCCCACCCCCUAUUUUUACGCUGUUUAUUAUUUAUGCAUAGUCACUUUAACUCUACCACAUGUACACAUUACCUCAAUUACCUCGACUAGCCGGUGCCCCCGCACAUUGACUCUGCACCGGUACCCCCCUGUAUAUAUAGCCUCCCUACUGUUAUUUUAUUUUACUUCUGCUCUUUUUUUCUCAACAACUUUUUUGUUGUUGUUUUAUUUUACUUUUUUAUAAAAAAUAAAUGCAUUGUUGGUUAAGGGCUGUAAGUAAGCAUUUCACGGUAAUGUCUACACCUGUUGUAUUCGGCGCAUGUGGCAAAUACGAUUUGAUUUGACCUAUAAUAAUAUAUACAGUACCAGUCAAAAGUUUGGACACACCUACUCAUUCCAGGGUUUGUCUUUUAUUUUUACUAUUUUCUACAUUGUAGAAUAAUAGUGAAGACAUCAAAACUAUGAAAUAACACAUAUGGAAUAAUGUAGUAACCAAAAAAGUGUAAAACAAAAUAUAUUGUUAUAUUUGAGAUUCAUCCCAAACCAUCUCAAUUGGGUUGAGGUCGGGUGAUUGUGGAGGCCAGGUCAUCUGAUGCAGCACUCCAUCACUCUCAUUCUUGGUCAAAUAGCCCUUACACAGUCUGGAGGUGUGUUGGGUCAUUGUCCUGUUGAAAAACAAAUGAUAGUCCCACUAAGCGCAAACCAGAUGGGAUGGCAUAUCGCAGUAGAAUGCUGUGGUAGCCAUGCUGGUUAAGUGUGCCUUGAAUUCUAAAUAAAUCAGUGUCUCACCAGCAAAGCACCCCCACACCAUAACACCUCCUCCUCCUCCAUGCUUUACGGUGGGAACUACACAUGCGGAGAUCAGUCCGUUCACCCACACCGCAUCUUACAAAGACACAGCGGUUGGAAGCAAAAAUCUCAAAUUUGGACUCAUCAGACCAAAGGACACAUUUCCACUGGUCUAAUGUCCAUUGCUCGUGUUUCUUAGCCCAAUCAGGUAUCGUCGUCUUAUUGGUGUCCUUUAGUAGUGGUUUCUUUGCAGCAAUUCGACCAUGAAGGCCUGAUUCACACAGUCCCCUCUGAACAGUUGAUGUUGAGAUGUGUCUGUGACUUGAACUCUGUGAAGCAUUUAUCCUCUGCAGCAGAGUUAACUCUGGGUCUUCCUUUCCUGUGGCGGUCCUCAUGAGAGCCAGUUUCAUCAUAGCGCUUGAUGGUUUUUGCGACUGCACUUGAAGAAACGUUCAAAGUUCUUGAAAAUGUUCCAUAUUGACUGACAUUCAUGUCUUAAAGUAAUGAUGGACUGUCGUUUCUCUUUGCUUAUUUGAGCUGUUCUUGCCAUAAUAUGGACUUGGUCUUUUACCAAAUAGGGCUAUCUUCUGUAUACCCCCCCCCUACCUUGUCACAACACAACUGAUUGGCUCAAAUGCAUUAAGAAGGAAAUAAAUUCCACAAAUUAACUUUUAAGAAGGCACACCUGUUAAUUGAAAUUACAUUCCAGGUGACUACCUCAUGAAGCUGGUUGAGAGAAUGCCAAGAGUGUGCAAAGCUGUCAUCAAGGCAAAGGGUGGCUAUUUGAAGAAUCUCAAAUAUAACAUAUAUUUUGAUUAGUUUAACACUUUUUUGGGUACCUACAUGAUUCCAUAUGUGUUAUGUCAUAGUUUUGAUGUCUUCACUAUUAUUCUAAAAUGUAAAAAAAUAGUACAAAUAAAGAAAAAUCUUUCAAUGAGUAGGUGUGUCCAAACUUUUGACUUGUAGUGUGUGUGUAUAUAUAUAUAUAUAUAUAUAUAUAUAUAUAUAUAUAUAUAUAUAUAUAUAUAUAUAUAUAUAUAUAUAUAUAUAUAUAUAUAUAUAUAUACACUGCUCAAAAAAAUAAAGGGAACACUAAAAUAACACAUCCUAGAUCUGAAUGAAUGAAAUAAUCUUAUUAAAUACUUUUUUCUUUACAUAGUUGAAUGUGCUGACAACAAAAUCACACUAAAAUGAUAAAUGGAAGUCAAUUUAUCAAUCCAUGGAGGUCUGGAUUUGGAGUCACCCUCAAAAUUUAAGUGGAAAACCACACUACAGGCUGAUCCUACUUUGAUGUAAUGUCCUUAAAAACAAGUCAAAAUGAGGCUCAGUAGUGCGUGUGGCCUCCACGUGCCUGUAUGACCUCCCUACAACGCCUGGGCAUGCUCCUGAUGAGGUGGCGGAUGGUCUCCUGAGGGAUCUCCUCCCAGACCUGGACUAAAGCAUCCGCCAACUCCUGGACAGUCUGUGGUGCAACGUGGCAUUGGUGGAUGGAGCGAGACAUGAUGUCCCAGAUGUGCUCAAUUGGAUUCAGGUCUGGGGAACGGGCAGGCCAGUCCAUAGCAUCAAUGCCUUCCUCUUGCAGGAACUGCUGACACACUCCAGCCACAUGAGGUCUAGCAUUGUCUUGCAUUAUGAGGAACCCAGGGCCAACCGCACCAGCAUAUGGUCUCACAAGGGGUCUGAGGAUCUCAUCUCAGUACCUAAUGGCAGUCAGGCUACCUCUGGCGAGCAUAUGUAGGGCUGUGCGGCCCCCCAAAGAAAUGCCACCCCACACCAUGACUGACCCACCGCCAAACCGGUCAUGCUGGAGGAUGUUGCAGGCAGCAGAACAUUCUCCAUGGCGUCUCCAGACUCUGUCACGUCUGUCACAUCUGCUCAGUGUGAACCUGCUUUCAUCUGUGAAGAGCACAGGGCGCCAGUGGCGAAUUUGCCAAUCUUGGUGUUCUCUGGCAAAUGCCAAACGUCCUGCACGGUGUUGGGCUGUAAGCACAACCCCCACCUGUGGACGUCGGGCCCUCAUACCACCCUCAUGGAGUCUGUUUCUGACCGUUUGAGCAGACACAUGCACAUUUGUGGCCUGCUGGAGGUCAUUUUGCAGGGCUCUGGCAGUGCUCCUCCUGCUCCUCCUUGCACAAAGGUGGAGGUAGCAGUCCUGCUGCUGGGUUGUUGCCCUCCUACGGCCUCCUCCACGUCUCCUGAUGUACUGGCCUGUCUCCUGGUAGCGCCUCCAUGCUCUGGACACUACGCUGACAGACACAGCAAACCUUCUUGCCACAGCUCGCAUUGAUGUGCCAUCCUGGAUGAAAUGCACUACCUGAGCCACUUGUGUGGGUUGUAGACUCCGUCUCAUGCUACCACUAGAGUGAAAGCACCGCCUACAUUCAAAAGUGACCAAAACAUCCAGGAAGCAUAGGAACUGAGAAAUGGUCUGUGGUCACCACCUGCAAAACCAGUCCUUUAUUGGGGGUGUCUUGCUAAUUGCCUAUAAUUUCCACCUGUUGUCUAUUCCAUUUGCACAACAGCAUGUGAAAUUUAUUGUCAAUCAGUGUUGCUUCCUAAGUGGACAGUUUGAUUUCACAGAAGUGUGAAUGACUUGGAGUUACAUUGUGUUGUUUAAGUGUUCCCUUUAUUUUUUUGAGCAGUGUGUGUAUAUAUAUAUAUAUAUAUAUAUAUAUAUAUAUUUAUAUAUAUUUGUUUUUUUGUUGAACAAAGACCUGUUCCGAAUGUACCAGAGGACAGUCAGACCCGUUCCGAAAAGUCCCGUGGAAAAACCAGACCCAAACAGAGCCGUGCUGGUUCGGAGCCGAGAGACCCGUUGACAUCCCAGAGUAGAAAGGGAGGGAGAAAGAAACCUCCAACUGGGCACGAUCCAUGAUCCACAGUUACAUGUGGUUAAAACCUGCCUUUUAACAAAUUACACAACUUUUCAUUGUGUUUCGAUGUGUAGCAUAUUCAAAACAUUAUAUUUGUUUUGUCUUGUUUUUACUUUCCUAAAACAAUUGUCCACCUCACGGUUCAGCUGUCGGAGAUUUGAGGACUAAAUGCUUCAGGGCAUUGCAUGUAUACUCCUAUAGGCUUAGGUGUCCACUGUAUGAUAUUAAUAUAAAAAUAUACAUUUAAGGAAGAGAAUCUUAGGCCUAUAGAACUGCCUAUUUUUUUACCUAAUUAAAAAGACAGUUUAAUUUAACCAACGAAAAUGUAUCAACAAAAUGAAACAAAACACUUUUUUUGCAUAUAUAAAGAACUGGUUUAGAUUAUUAAAUAGGCCUACAAUAAUUACAAUGAAAACAGAUGAUGAUAAAUACAAAAAUUAAAGAAAUACAAGUUAGAAAAUUGCAUCAAACCUGAAUAGCGAGUUGCACACAGUCCAUUUGGCUGCACCAAAGUUUUUCUCAUCUUUGUCCACUAACAUUCCCCUCAUAGGCUUCUUUUCACUCUUUCGCCUCAAACUUCCUUUUUACUUCCCUGAAAAACGCCUCCAUCUUCACAAUCAAUAGUGACCUAGGCCAGCGCUCCUUUCACUCACACACACUCUCUCUCUCUCUCUCUCCUCAGAAGGAGGCGCACGUGACGUGAGAAGCCGGAACCAGUUUCAGCUGGACAUAAACUAUACGUUUUAUUGUGUUGCAAUUGGCUGACACGGUUAAGAAGCUCACGCAGUUCUCAUCGACUCACACGCAUUAUAUUCACAGAGGACGGGUCCAGUCGGUAAAUGCAUUUUAAUUGCACCUACCCGAGACUCGUGGCGCUUAUAUCAGACCCGACCCAGAUUCCGAGCUCAAAGUAGACAUUUACGACCAGGACCCGCACGGGACCCGGGGUCUGAUCUCUGAAUUUCGGGUCUGUUGAACCCGUGAAGACCUCUACUGCCUGCGCAUGUGAGAGUGUGUUUGUGAACUUUACAACCCCCUGACUCUUCCACACACAGAGACGAUCCACACACACAUCAGUAUACACACACACACACACACACACUCACUCACACUCGCACACCUCCUCCCUCUACCGCGACCAGCCGCAUGCGCAGACCAGCUGGCUGGAGUGAGAGACAAUAAAAACUGCUUCUAUUACCAGACCAUCAGACUGUUGAACAGCUUCUAUUACCAUCAGACUGUUGAACAGCUUCUAUUACCAUCAGACUGUUGAUUAAACUUUGAUUUGAUGAGAUUGAGAACGCGGUUUGACCACAGAUUUUUUUUGGGGGGGGGACUACUCCCAAAUGACCUUUCACCCUUCACCCUUGACCCCCUACUUGCUCUCUUUCUCGUAGGGUAGUGCCAUAGAACACGCUAGACUGCCGGUAAGUACAGUUACUGAGCGUAACCCGACCACGGAGCAUGAGCGUGAUGCACGGUCGCCGGGUUUUUGUCAAGAAUACAUGUAUGGACUGGCUGGCUGGCUGGUGUUGCGCUAACUCAUUCAGAUGGACAGACACUUUGUUUGAUUGAUUGAUUGAUUGACAGCCCCUUAAAGUCUGAACAAGAUUCGGAUUGGUUGACAGCUCCUGAAGUCUGAAAGAAAUUCUGAUUUGAGUGAUUGAAGAGUGAAAGAGUUUGCUGAGGUUGCACUCCCCUUAACAGACUGAGGUUGCACUCCCCUUAACAGACUGAGGUUGCACUCCCCUUAACAGGCUGAGGUUGCACUCCCCUUAACAGACUGAGGUUGCACUCCCCUUAACAGGCUGAGGUUGCACUCCCCUUAACAGACUGAGGUUGCACUCCCCUUAACAGGCUGAGGUUGCACUCCCCCUUAACAGACUGAGGUUGCCACUCCCCUUAACAGGCUGAGGUUGCACUCCCCUUAACAGGCUGAGGUUGCACUCCCCUUAACCCGGCUGAGGUUGCACUCCCCUUAACAGGCUGAGGUUUUCACUCCCCUUAACAGGCUGAGGUUGCACUCCCCUUAACAGGCUGAGGUUGCACUCCCCUUAACAGGCUGAGGUUGCACUCCCCUUAACAGGCUGAGGUUGCACUCCCCUUAACAGGCUGAGGUUGCACUCCCCUUAACAGACUGAGGUUGCACUCCCCUUAACAGGCUGAGGUUGCACUCCCCUUAACAGGCUGAGGUUGCACUCCCCUUAACAGGCUGAGGUUUGCACUCCCCUUAACAGACUAGGUUGCACUCCCCUUAACAGGCUGAGGUUGCACUCCCCUUAACAGGCUGAGGUUUUCACUCCCCUUAACAGGCUGAGGUUGCACUCCCCUUAACAAGGCUGAGGUUGCACUCCCCUUAACAGGCUGAGGUUGCACUCCCCUUAACAGGCUGAGGUUGCACUCCCCUUAACAGACUGAGGUUGCACUCCCCUUAACAGGCUGAGGUUGCACUCCCCUUAAACCGGCUGAGGUUGCACUCCCUUAACAGGCUAGGUUGCACUCCCCUUAACAGACUGAGGUUGCACUCCCCUUAACAGACUGAGGUUGCACUCCCCUUAACAGGCUGAGGUUGCACUCCCCUUAACAGGCUGAGGUUGCACUCCCCUUAACAGGCUGAGGUUGCACUCCCCUUAACAGGCUGAGGUUGCACUCCCCUUAACAGGCUGAGGUUGCACUCCCCUUAACAGACUGAGGUUGCACUCCCCUUAAACAGGCUGAGGUUGCACUCCCCUUAACAGACUGAGGUUGCACUCCCCUUAACAGACUGAGGUUGCACUCCCCUUAACAGGCUGAGGUUGCACUCCCCUUAACAGGCUGAGGUUGCACUCCCCUUAACAGGCUGAGGUUGCACUCCCCUUAACAGACACCUUUUUAACUUUUGGAAGUCGGCUUUGUCCCAAAUGGGAUUUAUUCUAUUUCCUAUAUAGUUCACUAUAAUAGUAACUAUAUAUAUUUCACCGUGUUGGGAAUAGGGUGGCGUUUGGGACACAUGCUCUGUGAUUAACGCCGGGUCCCAAUUUGCUCACAAAUAACUACCCCUUCCCCUUGGCCCUUAACUCUUCCACAACACUUUGUGUUUUGACCACUGAAUGGAUUGACCCCCUGGUUUUGCUGACUCCUUUUGACUGGCAUGCCCUUGGUUAACAUCGCCUGAAGAGUGAAUAACAUUGCUCUGAAGUUGGACCCUUCCUUACUGCCCCCCCCCCCCCCCCCAUUUUGGUAGCAAAAUCUCUAGUGGCACAGCUAGCACUGCAAUGCAGUGCCUUAGACCACUGUGCCACUCGGGAGAGACACCCUACUACAUUUACAUUUUACAUUUUAGUCAUUUAGCAGACGCUCUUAACCAGAGCGACUUACAGGAGCAAUUAGGGUAAGUGCCUUGCUCAAGGCACAUUAACGUCAUUUAGCAGACGCUCUUAGCCAGAGCGACUCACAAAUUGGUGCGUUCACCCUAUAGCCAGUGGGAUAACCACUUUACAAUUUGGGGGGGGGGGGGGGGGGGGGGGUUAAAAGGAAAAACUUUUCCAUCCCGGGAAAUUCCCUUUAAAAGAGUGGGGUUUAAAAUUUUCCCCGGGAAGGGGUGGGGUGCCCGCUGUCCUGGGGGCCCGGGAGGGAUUUGUUCCCCAUUGGGGUCCCAGAGCACGAACAUUUUUGAGGGGGCGGAGGGGGACUAUUUUUCCGCAGGGGAAAGGGGGACCAGCGGGCCCCGGGGGGAAAAACCAAAUUUCCUCUUUUUGGUUUGUGGGGACUGAUCAACCCUAAAGGGUAAGGGUGCCGUUCCCCUCACUGCUCCAUAGGCAAGCCCCCCAUGGUUUUUUAGCGGAUGCGAGCUUUAAACUGGAAGCCAGUGGAGUGUGCGGGGGGGGGGGUGCGUAGAGAACUUUGGAAAGGUUUUGAACACCAAAAGGGGCUGGGGCAUUCGGGAAGGUUUUUGUGGGGUUUAAUGGCCCCGGCAGGGGGGCCCCCCAAACAAAUUUGCAUGGGUCCAGAGGGAAAAUGAAAAGGGGCCCGGGCCCAGGAACCUGCCCCGUUUUUCCUUGUGUAAGCGGGGUGCACCCCCUCCAAAUUUGUUGUAAAAAAGGCUAAACCCUGCGGGAGCGGGUACCCCCUUGAUUUUUGGCGGAAACACAGGGUGUUGCCCCAAGGGAAAGGGCCUACUUUUCUUCGCACUUGGGAGGGGACACACGGAGUUGUCAACCGUGAGGGCGAAUCAAAACGGGCCGCCCUUCCCCGGUGGAAAAAAGGCAGCUCCGUCUUCCCAGGGUUCAGCUUAAAGGUUUGGUGAACCCUUUCAUCCUACUGUUGUCUCCCAGACAUGCAGAGAGGGCUUGGGCCACCGGGUUAUCAAAAGGGGGGAAAAAUUAGAAGUUUAUUUUAUCGUCAGCUUUCAAGGGAAGGGAAAAGGCCAGGGGGGGAUUUAACAGACCCAAAGGGGAUUUGGGUUUGAAAUGGGGAAAAAGGAGAGGGCCCAGAAACCGAUCCCUGGGGGAAAAACCAAAGGGGGUUAAAGGGGCACUUUUGCGGAAACCCUUUCCCCGCCACGCCAUUUGGUGGGCACCCCAAAAGGGGGCCCCCAAAAAAGGGGCCCCCCCGGGGGCCCAUCCCGGGGGGGGGGGGGGUUUUUCCCCCAAAAAAACCCCCCCGGGGGAAAAAAAAAGGGGGGGGGAAUUUUCCCUUUUGGGGGGAAGGGGGGGAAAAGAAACCCCCCAGGAAAAUUUUUUUUAAAAAAAAAAAAAAAGGGGGGGGGGCAAAACCCCCCCUUUUUAAAAAAAAAAAAAGGGGGGGGUUUGGUUUUAAAGGGGGGGGGGGUUUUUUUUUUGGGGGGGGUUUUUUUUUUCUUAAAGGGGCCCGGGGGGGAAAAAAAAGGGGGGUUAAAAGGGGGGGGGGGGGGGGGGGGGGGGGGGGGGGGAAGGGGGGGGGGGGGUUUUUGGGGGGGGCCCCCCCGGGGGGGGAAAAAAAAAGGGGGGGGGGGGGCCCCCCCCCAGGGGGUUUGGGGGGAAAAAAAAUGGUCGGGGGUUAAAAAAAAGGGUUAAAUUUUUUAAAAGGGGGGGGGGGGGGGGGGGGGUUUGGGGGGGGGGGGGGGGGGGGGGGGGGGGGGGGGGGGGGGGGGGGGGGGGAAAAAAAAGGGGGGGGGAAAGGGGGGGGGGGGGUUUUUUUUUUAAAAAAAAGGGGGGGGAAAAAAAGAGGGGGGAAAAGGGGUUUUUUUUAGUUUUUCCCUUUCCCCCCCCCCGGGGGUUUUUUUUGGGCCCCUUUUAAACCCCCCCCCCGGGGGGGGGGGGGCCGGGGGGAGGGGGGAAAAAAAAAAAAAAGGGGGGGGGGGGGGGGGGAAAAAAGGGGGGGGGGGGAUUUAAAAGGGGAAAAAAAGGGGGGGGAAAAAAAAAAAAAACCCCCCAAAAAAAAAAACCCCCCCCAAAAACCCCCCAAAAAAAACCCCCCCCCCCUAAAAAAAAAACAUAAAAAACCCCAAAAAAACCCCCUAAAUUUUAAAAAACCCCCCAAAAAAACCCCCCUUUUUUAAAAACCCCAAAAAUGACAAACCCCUUUUAAAAAAGGGGGCAAGCCGUUCUUAAGGGAAAAAAAAACCCCCCCCUUUAAAAAUGGGGGGGGAAAGGAAAAAAGGGUUUUUUUUUUAAUUUUUUCCCCCUUUUUCCCCCCCCCCCCCCUUUUUUCCCCCCCCCCCCCUUUUUCCCCUUCCCCUCCCAAACCCCCCCCCCCUUUCCCCCCUUCCCCCCCCUCCUUUCCCCCCCCUUUUUUUUCCCCCCCCCCCUCCCCCUUUAAAACCCCCCCCCCCCCCCCCCCCCCUUCCCCAAAAACCCCCCCCCCCUGGCCCCCCCCCCCCCCCCCUUUUUCCCCCCCCCCCCCCUCCCCCUUUUUUCCCCCCCCCCCUGUCCCUUUUAAACCCCCCCCCCCCCUUUUUUUCUCCUCCCCCCUCCCCCCCCCCCCUCCCCCCUCUCCCUCCUUUCCCCCCCCUUCCCCCCCCCCCCUCUCUCCCCCCCCCCCCCCUCCCUCCCCCCCCCCCCCUCCCCCCCCCCUCCCCCCCCCCCCCUCUCCCCCCUUCCCCCCCCCCCCCCAAAAAACCCCCCCCCCCAAAAAAAAAAAAAAAAACCCAAAAAAAUUUUUUCCCCCCCCCUUUUAAAAAAACCCCCCCCGUUUUUUCCCCCCCUUUUUAAAAAACCCCCCCCCCCUUUUUUUUUCCCCCCAAAAACCCAAAUCCUUUCCCCCCCCCCCCCCCGGGGGGGGGGGGGGGGGGCCCCCCCCCCUUUUUUGGGGGCCCCCCCCUUUAAACCCCCCAAAAGGGGGGGUUUUUUUUUUGGGGGGGGGGGGGGAAAAAAAAACCCCCCAAAAACCAAAAAAAAAGGGGGGUUUUUUUUUAACCCCCAAAUUUAAAAAACCAAAAAAAUUUUUUGGGGUUUUUGGGGCCCCCCCCGGGGGGGGAAAAAAAAAGGGGGGUUUUUUUCCCCCUUUUUUGGGGGGGGCCCCCCCCCUCCCCCCCUUUUUUUUUCCCCCCCCCCCCCGGGGGGCCCCCCCCAACCCCCUACCCCCCCUUUUUUUUCCCCCCCCCCCUUCCCCCUUUUUCCCCCCCCCCCCUCCCUCCCUCCCCCCCCCCCCCCUCCCCCCCCCCCCCCCCCCCCUUUUCCCCCCCCCCCCCCCCCCCCCCCCUUUCCCCCCCCCCCUCCCCCCCCCCCCUUUCCCCCCCCCCCUCCCCCCCCCCCCCCCCCCUUUCCCCCCCCUCUUCCCCCCCCCCCCUUCCCCCCCCCCCCCCCCCCCCAACCCCCCCCCCACCCCCCCCCCCCCCCCCCCCCCCGGGGGGGGGGGGGAAAAAAUUCCAAAGGGGCCCCAAUUCCAAAAAAAGGGGAAAUUAAUUUGGGGGGGCCCCCCCCCCCAAAAAAAAAAAAAACCCAAAAAAAAAAACCCCCCCCCAAAAUUUAAAAAAGGGGGGCCCCCCCCCCCCCCCCCCCCAAAAGGGCCCCCCCAAAAAAAUUUUUUAAAAAAAACCCCCCCCCAAAAACCCCCCCCCCAAGGGGGGGCCCAAAAAAAAAACAAGGGUUUGGUUCCCCAAAAAGGGUUCUUAAAAAACCCCCCAAAAAAAAAAAACCCCCCCCAAAAAAAAAAGGGGGGAAAAAUUUCCCCCCCCCCCCAAAAAACCCCCCCCCCCCCCCCGUUUCCCCCCCCCCCUCCCCUUUUUCCCCCCCCCCCCCUUUCCCCCCCCUUUUUUUGGGGGGGGCCCCCCCCCCCCUUUUUUUUCCCCCCCCCCCCCCCGGUUUUUGGGAAAUUUGGGAAAUUUUUUUUGGGGCCCCCCCUUUUUUUUUUCCCCCCUUUUUUUUUUUUUUUUUUUUUUCCCCCCCCUUUUUUCCCCCCCCCAAAAACCCCCCCCCCCCUUUAAAAAACCCCCCCCCCUUUUUUUUUUCCUUUUUCCCCUUUCCCCUCCCCUUCCCCCCCGGGCCCCCCCCCCCCCCCCUUUCCCCCCCCGCCAACCCUUCCCCUUUUUCCCCCCCCACCCCACUCUAUGUCUGUAAGCACCUCUCCACCUCUCUGGUCCAGCUGCUACUGGAGACAGACGUCAGACAGGUGUCUAUGGGGGCUCUGCAGCAGUUCAACACAGACGUCAAGGAGUGCGAGAGUGAGUAUACACGCAACCCCUCAUCUGCCCAUUUUAAAGAAGAAAAAACA